GCGGGGAGAACCAGAUGGGCGGCAGAACCUCCGGACGGUGUAAACACUUCAUCUUUCAUUCAAUCCGGACCCCGCAAAAACCGCACACUUCUUGCUCGCUUUGACUCUUCAGAUUAAUAUCUUCUUUGAGACGGCUUUUGUUCGCACUUGAAGACUCCGGUCUGGUUAUUCGUCUCAUAUUACACACCUCCAAGCGGCAAAGCGGGCACGAUCUCCUACCUACCCUUGCCUCUCGCCUCUCUCCACCCCUCCCUCCUCCUCGUACCUGAACAGCGAAACGAUCGAGAUAUAUACGAGUCCUUCAUCCACCAUGAGCAAUACCGAUUUCCUUGGGCGGGCAAUCGACACUGUCAAGAAGGCCAUCGAGAAUGACAAUGAGGGCGAGUACGAGAAAGCUUAUCAAACCUACUACUCCGCACUGGAGCUGUUCAUGCUCGCCUUGAAAUGGGAGAAAAACCCAAAGUCCAAGGAGAUGAUCCGCGCAAAAACAGGCGAGUAUAUGGAUCGUGCAGAGAAACUCAAGAAUCACCUGGCUCAAUCGGACGGGCAACAAAAACCGAGUGCUGUGGGCGCGAAUGGGAAAGUGGCGCAAGGAAGUGGGAAGGGCGGGGAAAAAGAUGACGAUAACGAAGACGCCGAUUCCAAGAAGCUACGGUCAGCGCUGGCCGGUGCCAUUUUGACGGACAAGCCCAAUGUACAGUGGGAGGAUGUUGCAGGUCUCGAGAGUGCAAAGGAGGCCCUGAAGGAGGCUGUCAUUUUGCCCAUCAAGUUCCCGCAUCUGUUUACUGGAAAGCGACAACCAUGGAAGGGUAUCCUGCUCUACGGACCUCCAGGUACCGGAAAGUCGUAUCUCGCCAAAGCCGUCGCGACGGAAGCAAACAGUACCUUCUUCAGUGUCAGCAGCAGUGACCUGGUAUCAAAGUGGAUGGGUGAAAGUGAACGACUUGUGAAGCAGCUCUUCAACAUGGCUCGGGAGAACAAACCGGCUAUUAUUUUCAUUGACGAAGUUGAUGCGCUUUGCGGACCCCGUGGCGAGGGAGAAUCAGAGGCUUCUCGCCGUAUCAAGACCGAAUUACUGGUCCAGAUGGACGGUGUGGGCAAAGACUCCAAGGGUGUCCUAAUUCUGGGCGCAACGAAUAUUCCGUGGCAGCUUGAUGCGGCCAUUCGUCGCAGAUUCCAAAGAAGAGUACACAUCAGUCUUCCUGAUCUUAAUGCACGGAUGAAGAUGUUCGCGUUAGCUGUCGGCUCAACGCCAUGCGAAAUGACGCAGGCGGAUUAUAAGACGCUGGCUGAGAUGAGUGAGGGCUAUUCCGGCAGCGAUAUCAGUAUCGCUGUGCAGGAUGCUUUAAUGCAACCUAUUCGCAAGAUCCAAACUGCAACGCACUACAAGAAGGUCAUCCUCGAUGGCGCAGAGAAGGUCACUCCAUGCUCACCUGGAGACCAAGGUGCAACGGAGAUGUCCUGGGUCAAUGUCGAAGCGGACCAACUCCUCGAACCCACACUUAUACUCAAGGACUUUGUCAAGUCUGUCCGCAGCUCCAGACCAACAAUCAGUUAUGAAGACCUCAAGAGGAACGCGGAAUGGACCGAGGAAUUCGGUAGUGAAGGAGCAUGACGAAUUACAUUCCCUACGCCUCUUGUGGUUGUUAUAUGGCCUCGAGUUGAUGAAUUGCAUGAUUAUUGAUAUCACUGAUUUUUUAGACGUCUUUUCUUCCCCUCUGUCCCUCGUUUUCCACUUGAAAGCGAAUGAACGACCGUAACGGGCUACGUCCAUGUUUAUUUUAUUUUUUUUUUUUGUUUUU